CGGCUUCCGCUUUCCACUUUCCUGCCUUGCGCUCAUCCAUGUAUAUGUAUAUAUAGAAUUUAGCCGUCUCCAAAGCGUAUGGUCAAACUGAAGAAGGCAUAACCAAUAAUCAUCUGAAUUGUGAAUGACUCAUUGAUAAUCCCAGAGGAAAAUUAGAGAUCACUACUCUAACAUAAGCCCCAGUGUCUUGCUUGCUGCAAAGAUGCUUGAUGUGAAGGCUUGGGCUGAGUAUGUUGUGGAGUGGGCCGCAAAGGACCCAUACGGCUUCCUUACCACAGUUAUCUUGGCGCUCACACCACUGUUCCUAGCUAGUGCUGUACUGUCCUGGAAGUUGGCCAAGAUGAUUGAAGCCAGAGAGAAGGAGCAAAAGAAGAAACAAAAACGGCAAGAAAACAUCGCAAAAGCUAAACGACUAAAGAAGGAUUGAAGGGGUGAACAGACUGCAGCUAGAGAAAACAACCCCUCUGGAAAGGGCUGCAGCUUUGGAAGGACUCUCACCAAGCUUCCAGUUGGUUCUUGAUAGUAUUAUUUAGUAAACUGAAUCUGACCGUGUAGAAGAGUCAUGUUCUGACCUCCAUGCUACCAUAACUUUCAGGCUUGGAAAUAAAAGUUUGUUGGUAUGUACUGACAAGCAUUUAAGUUAGCAUUUAUCAUACAGGUGGAGCAUACCUAAUGUGAAAAAUCUGAAGCUCAGAAGCACUGUAAAAUCUAACACCUGUGCUCAGACACGAUGCCAAGAGUGGAAAAGCCCACAGCCCACUUCGUGAUGGGUUGCAGUCAAAAUACAGGUGCGCUAAAAAUACAUAAAGUUAUCUUCCAGCCACGAGAAAUACAAGCGGACCUUGUGUUUAGAUUUGGAUCCCAUCCUCAAGGUAUUAUGGAAUACUUUUAAAGUCUGGGAAAAAAAAAUUAAAACAUUCCAGUUCCAAAGCAUUUUUGUCUGUUCAACCUGUAGUAAAAAUUCUUUAAACUGACAGUCAUUUGCCAUUUUGGAGCUUGAAGUACUCAGUGAAAAAUGAUGAGAAAAUGGUUUAGAUUAUGGAUCCUAUUUAAACAGUAGUUUAAAUGGGGUUCAGUUCUGGACAGAGGAUAUUAGGGAUGUAAAAGAAUUAACCUUCUGAGGUGAAAAGUUUACUUUGGCUUAAAAGAGAUACAGUCUAUUAAUCACUUUUUCAGAAUCAUUAGUGCUUAUUUUUUGGAAUGGAAGCAUUACUUUCUCAAAGGAAAAUUUUAUUAAUGAGUGUGGCUAUUUUCCUUCUUCUGACUUUAGUUUUUAACACAGCUGGUAAUUAUCAAGACACUGCAUUUCAAAACCUAAUUUUAUAUAGGAUUCUUAUUACCUUGACCUUACCAGUAGCAUCUCCUGGAUAGAAUUUUUGUACUUUGAACACUGCCAUUUGCUUAAAUGUGUUGCUAAGAGUAACGUGCUGUAGAGCCAGCAGUGCAAAUGCCUUGUGCUGCUGAUACCUUGGGCUCAGUUUUAAAUGUGAAACUGUUAAAUGUCACCAGAUUAUUACCUGAUCACAACCAGCACAGUAGUGAUGGUCCCAUUACUGUUUACUUACCAUAGGUUCAAAGUGAAAAUCAAAAUUUCAAAUUUAUGAAGUCCUACUUCAUAAUUUAAACCACUAAGAGUUUAAAUUUGGAGCCAUUUCCAUGGGUGUAACUGGUUGCAGGGACUGCAGUCAAGAAGGACAAAGCUGGGGACCUUCCAGGUAUAAUACAGACACGAGACUGAGACAUAGCUUUUCUAAAUGCGUGGUCGAGCAACACUCGUUGCAGGAUUUAAUUGCUUGUUACUGUUUUCUGCACCUCUGGUAAUUUUAAGUUUCAAUAAUUGUCAGUCUUAAUAAAAAUGAGACUAAAUAUUGAAAUAAAUUUGAUACAUUUUUAUAAAGAGGUCCUGAGUUUUUGUCUGUUGGAGGGAGGAGUAUUUAUUUUAAAUUACAGAUGUCCUGCAAGUUAAUGGUUCAAAAAGACAAUGAAUUUCAGGCAUAGCUAAAUGUGCUAGAAAUAGGAUAGUUUCUCAGAAAUCAAGGACUCCUGAGAAUGCUGAUGGACCAGCUGUUUUCUUUAGGUUAUUAGCUCCUGGUUGGUCCCACCUUCAGCUUCAGGCACUAAAAUCACCAGGUGAUCCUGAUUGUAUUACAUUUAUGUAAUAGGUAUUAUAUGAUCGAAAUUAUAAAACUUGCUUAUAAAGAAUCAUGGGCCUCCAUAGAUCUUCAGAUCUUCCACAGUUUGCAUGUCACUAAGUUCACAGAAACUUUCAGUAUAUUUUAUUGCCACGUUUUACUGUGGAGUUCAAAUACUGAAGCAAAAACAAUAACAAUAACUUAGCCACUAAAGAGGAGGUAAUUUAAAGGUAUGUAUUUAACUAAAAGUCUGGUUUCUUAAUAUACCUUAAUGCCUUAAUGUGGCAAUUUUGUAUUUGAUGUAAACUAUUAUUUCUUCAACAUUGGAGACGUUUUGUAUGUAUGAGAUCAACAAAUAUUUAAACUAUUG